UUCCAAUCCUCUCUAUAUCAUGUGAUUCAGGUGUUCCAAUCCCCUCCAUAUCAUGUGAUUCAGGUGCUCCAAUCCCCUCCAUGGACACAGGUGUAUACAAUCAAGCCCCUAGGCAUGCAGACGGCUUCUACAAACAUUGGUGAAAGAAUGGGUCGCUCUCAGGAGCUCAGUGACUCCAAGCGUGGUCCCGUGAUAGGUGGCCACCUGGGCAAUAAGUCCAUCCGUGACAUUUCCUGGCUACUAAAUAUUCCACGCUCAACUGUUAGUGGGAUUAUAACAAAGUGGAAGCAACUGGGAACAACAGCAACUCAGCCACCAAGUGGUAGGCCACGUCACAUGACAGGGCGGGGGUCAGCGCAUGCUGAAUCUGAAGCGCACAGUGUCUGCAGAGUCAAUAGCUAAAGACCUCCAAACUUGGUGUGGCCUUCAGAUGAGCCCAACAACAGUGCGUAGAGAGCUUCAUGGAAUGGGUUUCCAUGGCCAAGCAGCUGCAUCCAAG